AUGGAGCCGCCUCAGGAGACUCGCCUCGCUCUGGCGCCGCCCGCCGCUGUCGGCCCCGGAAACGAAUCGUUUAUCCAACGUAAAAUCCUGAGUCAUUGGAGCAAAUUCAGUAGCGUGACUGCUUCGCUGUGGUUCGCAGCUGUUGCCGAGUUCCACCAGAUCGUCGAAGAACACCGUCAGCGAUGGCCGAUCGACAACCCGGAGGAACUCGCCAAUCUCUCCCAGGAAGCCUUCGGCAUGCUCGUUCAUAUCGGGGCAAUCAUCUUUGUCCUCUGGCACGUCUACUUCUUUGAGGCCGGAUAUGUUUGCGACCGUCCCAUCGACCUCUAUUUGAUGAUCAAGGCUCUCCUGGAUCUGAUGAUUAUUGGGGGAUUUAUAUGUGUGGUCGUCCAGUCCCGGCUAUGUCCUGAGCUCUACCAAAGCUCAAACUUUUGGAUUUCGCUCAGUGUUGGUGCCCUCAUGGCUCACUCGUCACUCGAUCUCCUCAACUUUUUCGCCGGCCAGUGGUGGAUCGCCGGGUCGCAGCAGUGCCAUACGUGGGUCAAGCUUUUGGCAAUGUGGCUGAUUUUCUCACGCUACGUCGAGAUUAUCGUCUUUUGUAUCUUUCGGUUCUCUACCUCGACCACCUCCAACCAUCAGCCGACCGCAUCAUCCAUAAUCCACGGGCUGACCAAGAUGGAGCUGAGCAAGCUCAAAGUGGUGCUUUGGCCUGAUUUGGCCUCUGCAAAACAGCAAUGUCCGGGUAUCGAUGCCAGUCAGGCGCAAACAGCUCCUCUUAUUGGCGACUCCGCCGCAGGAUCUUUGGCAGAUCCCGAAAGCCAGCCGAUAGACGAAGAGUACUGCUCCAUUUGCUUCGAGCCGUUUACUGCUGGAGACAGACAUGUGAUCGGCCCCAAGGACCGCGAUCCGACCAUCGUCAAAAUUAUCGAUCGUGUCGUCGAAGGAUUGAUAGAGGCCGAGGCCCAGGCCAACGCAAGAAUGGUGCAGAGCUAUCGCCGGCAGCUGGAAUCACUGGCCCCAGAGCUGCUCGAGAACGCUCGUGAACCAUGCAUUUGA